AAUCGAAGCAGAACCAAUUCAUCAAAAGAGGUGAAUGUGAAACUGCCUGAGCAACGGUUUUUGUUGUUUAAAAAAUGCGCUUUUGCUAUCUUCGUGCAGGUGGAACGAAAACGAGUUGAUAGUCGGAGCCAGAAACGACGGUUUAGGAAUCAUUUACGCGUGAUCCGCUUGUUGUUUGGCGUCGUAAAGUGCCAUUUGCGCAAUCACCGAGCGAUAACGCAGCGCCGCACCGUAUAAAGUAUGCGAAACGCACGGGCGGACAAAAACGACGUUAAUUAGAAAAGGUAAUGAAUUGGCUCGGAUGUGCCCCGCGUGCAGUUCGCAUUUAAUUGAGCCUGGAAUUGCACCUGAGGUAGCUGGCUGUUCUCUCAUUCGAAAUCGGGCUUAUCACGGGUUUGAAUCGAUCAGGCCGAACAAUGAGAGGCCCAACGAGCGUCUUGAUCCUGGUCCUCUUCGCAGCAAUUCUCCAGAGCCAGCAGGCGAAGGCGAACGUGAGGAAGGAGUGUCGCAGGGCGAGCGGCGUCUCCUGGGCUUCCCUGAAGCGGUUGAAGAAAGGCAACUUCGAGGAAGUCGAUUCGAAAUUGAAAUGCUACCUGAAAUGCUUUAUGGUGAAGAACGGAGUUAUGAGCGAGGACAACGAGAUAGAGAUUGAAAAUACCAUGAGGCACUUGCCGAGGAAGCUGCAGAGCGGAUCGCGCGAAAUAUUAGAGAGAUGCAAAACUAUGCGUGGUGAGGAUUCGUGCGACACGGCUUUCCAGAUAGCUAAAUGCUACAUCACGGCGCACCCAGAGGUGAGAAACAAGGUUUGGAACCAGGGAGGCACGAGUAGAAAAAGCUUUGAGCUGGUCAGACGGCGAUAUUCAGCUUCGAACUGAGAGGUCGGCGUUACAAAUGGAUUCUCCAAGCUGUAAUGCUUCGUGUAUUAACUUUCAGGUAUUGCGGAGGGUUGCUUUGGUGUGAAGAACUCGCGAUUCGGCUGGAACGUUAUUUGGACAUUUGAAAAACGUUGCUUUUUCGUGCAAGUUGAAAUAAAUGUGUACGAUAUUUGCUUGACCAGCCCUUGAUUACCAGCCCGAAUCAUUGAACCGUUAAAAAAAUAAAUCCAUUCGAAUGUAAUCCAUCAUUCUUGAAGUGAAAUUCUCAAACUGUAAAGCAAAAGCAAAUGAAAUAAAUUUGAAAUGGACGAUUUUUCUGGUUUCUUUCUU